UGAUACUCUGUUUCACUAUUCAGUCUCCACCGGAUCACCGUGAUAUAGGCUAGUCUGCUACGCACUUCUGGAUGGUUACGUUUUGUUCUUUUAACAAUUGUCGAGAACAAAUGAUCAUGACAGAAUCAGUACGAAUGAUGAUGAGGGCCAAGCUGGUGGUUCUAGGAAGAGAUAACUGUGGAAAGACUGCUCUGUGUGUCAGAUUCAUCACCAAGCGUUUCAUUGGAGAGUAUGAACAUAAGAGAGAGGUCACCUACAGGUGUCAGAAAAUGGUGGACAAAGAGCCGAUUGAGCUGGAGAUUUUAGACACUGUUUAUAAGGAGUUUGUAGGACCUGCUGCAUCCUCUCUGGAAAGUUCCAUUAAAUGGGGUGAUGGGUUUCUGAUAAUGUACUCCGUGACAGAUCGCAGCAGUUUUGAGGCUGUGUCGCGCCUGAAGAGACUGAUUGAUCACAUUAAACAGACACUCGGCAUUCCAACAGUCAUUGUUGCUAAUAAAUGCGACAUGGAGAAUGGACGAGUGGUAAGGACAGAUGAGGGACAGGCUUUGGCCUCAGAGCUGAGAUGUAGUUUCUUUGAGCUGGCUGUAGCGGAGGACACUUCAGCAGUGGAGGCUUCAUUUGGUCAGCUGGUGCGUGAAGUGCGUCAGGAGUUUCAGCGUCACCUGCUGGCUAUGGACAAGCGCUCGCGCAUGCUGCAGAUGAGACAUGCGCUCAAAAACAAACUCACACGGAGUAAAACCAUGCAGUGGUGACCAGAGAGACUAAAUGCAGAUCAAACCUAUUUGCUGCAUUCAUUAGUACUACAGUGCCCAAAUAUGACAUGACUAUCCUUUCAGACAAGAACAACAAUAUGGAUUUGAUAAGUGCCUACUGGAUUUACAAGUAGGCUAUAUACAUUCAUUUUAUCUGUAUGUGUCUGUUUUUGACAGAAGUUAAAGCAGCAAAAUGUAGUAUUUGUUUUAAAGCGGCAGUGUAUCAUUUUUUGUGCCAGACAAGCAAAAACAAAGAAAUCAAAUAUAUAAUUUAGAUUCAUUAUUUAAACUGGUGAGAUUAAUGUGUGAGAAGUCAAGUAUGCUUAUAGGUGCUGAUGCAUUUCAUAUAGACUUUGCUUGUUAAGUAUUAAGUCUGGCCUAAUGUGGGCAGAAAAUGUGCCUCGUGGUACAUCUGUCUUGUGAUUUGGAAUGUUUGGAUGCUCUUUAAAUCUAUAUUCACAAAAUAUCAAGGGGGAGCAGAAACAUUUUUUUGGCAUUAUUUAGAUAUUAUUUGAUGUUCUACAUUCAAGCAGAGUGAAAUGAGAAUAAAUUGUUUGUGCAGUAGGUUACAUGACAGCCUAUUAUGACACUAAUAUUUGUAUUGUUUCAUUUGUGUUGUGUACAGAAUUAUACUCUUAUUCUUUAAUCGGGAUGCGUGAUAAAUUAUCGGCCGGUAAAUCGUAAUUUUAAUAAGAUAAUUAAAAUAAAAAAAUAAUACCGAUUAUAGCCGAUAAAUCAUUUCCUCUGGUUAAACUUCUUCAGCUGCACGCUGCCCAGUUAAAAUACAGUAUCUUUCUGUCAUGAUCAUUCACUUACUGCUAUUAGCAAAACAUUGCUGAUGUAGGUACAGUAUGUAGAUACAGUACUGUGUAAAUUGUAGGAACAAAAGCAUAUUGUUUGAAUCAGACUGCUGUCUGAAUGCUUUCUGUACCAAAAUAUACCAGAAAAGUUUGAUGGUUAAAGAUUUGUUUACUAGUGUAAAGUAGGCUUGGUAUGUGAUUUUCAGGGGA